UUCCCCCCGCCUUCGCCGAAGCGGAUGAAAACAAACACUAACGAUGGCGGCGCCGGGAAGCGACCGGCUGCUGGGCUUCAAGCAAGAGUGAUCGGUUGAGUUGUGAGGGAAGCCUUGAAGAGCGCCUGUAGACGUGAGUGUGACAACUUGCGCAGUCUUGGGAGCGAAACACUCGGGGCCUGCGAGCCACGAGGCUCCUGAGGUGUAAGGUAUUAUCUGCGACCCGUGCUGUCACUGCAGCUCCGGAGCGCGGAGCCCUCAGCCAGGAGGCGCAACUGGCCGGCCCCAGGCCCCGGCCUCCGUAAUGAGAGCCACGAGUCACUCUCUGUGUCGCAACUUCGCAGGUGAGGGUGACUGUUGACUAGUGAAAAAAAGGGACCCAAGGUUCACGACUAUCUUACUGGCAGUGGAACGACCUGAGGAAACCUGCGAUCCAUUCUCAUUAAAUAAAUCUCUGGAUUCCUAUAGGCAAUGGAAACUGAUCUCAAUUCCCAAGACAGAAAGGACCUGGACAAAUUCAUUAAAUUUUUUGCCCUCAAGACUGUCCAAGUGAUUGUCCAGGCUCGACUGGGCGAGAAGAUUUGUACUCGUUCAUCUUCAUCCCCAACGGGUUCAGAUUGGUUCAAUUUAGCAAUCAAAGACAUCCCAGAGGUUACACAUGAAGCGAAGAAGGCGCUGGCAGGGCAGCUGCCUGCCGUCGGGAGAUCUAUGUGUGUGGAGAUCUCACUCAAGACUUCGGAGGGAGAUUCCAUGGAGCUAGAAAUUUGGUGUCUGGAAAUGAAUGAAAAGUGUGAUAAAGAAAUCAAAGUUUCCUAUGCAGUGUACAACAGACUGUCAUUGCUGCUGAAGUCUCUCCUUGCUAUAACCAGGGUGACACCAGCUUACAGACUCUCCAGAAAGCAAGGGCAUGAAUAUGUCAUACUGUACAGGAUAUAUUUUGGGGAAGUUCAGCUGAAUGGCUUAGGAGAAGGUUUCCAGACAGUUCGUGUCGGGACAGUGGGCACCCCUGUGGGCACCAUAACUCUUUCUUGUGCUUACAGAAUUAACUUGGCAUUCAUGUCCACCAGGCACUUUGAGAGGACCCCACCUAUCAUGGGGAUUAUCAUUGAUCACUUUGUGGACCGUCCCUAUCCCAGCUCCUCGCCCAUGCACCCCUGCAAUUACAGAACCACCAGUGAGGACACUGGAGUAACAUAUCCUUCUGUGGAAGAUUCUCAAGAAGUGUGUACCACCUCUUUUUCCACCUCCCCUCCAUCCCAGUGUGUGUUUACUGUCACAAAGGCACAUUUUCAGACCCCUCCUCCUGUGGUGACGGACACCCUGAGGGUCCCCAUGGCAGGACUGGCCUUUUCCCAUCAACUCUCAAGCUCUCGCCUUUCCUAUCAGCCUGCUGCCCUGGGCGUUGGAUCAGCUGACCUGGCUUAUCCAGUAGUGUUUGCUGCUGGCUUAAAUGCCACACACCCUCACCAGCUAAUGGUUCCGGGGAAGGAAGGUGGGGUACCCCUUGCUCCCAACCAGCCUGCCCACGGUACCCAAGCUGACCAGGAGAGGGUGGCAACCUGCACCCCUUCUGAUGGCGCCCACUGUGCUGCCACGCCUUCCAGCAGCGAGGAUACUGAAACUGUAUCAAACAGCAGUGAGGGACGAGCCUCCCCCCAUGACGUCUUGGAGACCAUCUUUGUCCGGAAAGUGGGGGCUUUUGUCAACAAACCCAUCAACCAGGUGACCCUGACCAGUUUGGACAUACCUUUUGCCAUGUUUGCUCCUAAGAAUUUGGAGCUGGAGGAUGCCGAUCCCAUGGUGAAUCCUCCAGAUUCCCCAGAGACUACAUCUCCUCUCCAGGGCAGCCUGCUAUCUGAUGGCUCCAGUGGGGGCAGCAGUGGCAACACCCAGGACGACUUUGUUAUGAUCGACUUCAAACCAGCUUUUUCUAAAGAUGACAUUCUUCCGAUGGACUUGGGGACCUUCUAUCGUGAAUUUCAGAACCCGCCUCAGCUGAGCAGCCUCUCCAUAGAUAUUGGGGCACAGUCCAUGGCUGAGGACUUGGACUCACUACCAGAGAAGCUGGCUGUGCACGAGAAGAAUGUCCGAGAAUUUGAUGCCUUUGUAGAAACUCUGCAGUAAAAGUUGGUGUCCUCGAGUACCAGCAGCCUCCCCUUUUUGUGGUCCCAGGAGACAGAGCCUUCCACUCAUCAGCUGCUCCCAUCCCUCAUCCUGCUCCAAGCCAGGUGGGAGGGAGGCUGGUUUCCCCCACAGGGAGACUCAUGGCAGCAGUGAAAGCCAGCGAUAACAUUUAAGAGGACUCACCCUUUGGCCUCCUUCAACGGGGGGGCCCUCUGCUUACACCGCCUUGGGCAACUGCUUCACGAAGGCUGUCAAUCUGCUCCUCCUGCUGGCCCCCUGCCCCGGGUUUGCCCUGCAGCUGGCCCCUCACCAUCAGCCAUUUGACAUUCCAGCUGGUAGCCCAGGGACUGGUGUGGAGGCAGAAAGAGGAAGGAGACAGUGCCAGGGGGAGGGAGGGAGGAAGGGCCCCUUUAGGUCUUUUUUUUCUCCUUUAGUUCUGGUAUCUUCUUCCUCUCUCUCUCUGCCCCGUGCCUGUAUUUUUGGCAACAUGGCAGGCCUCCUGCCCAAGAUGAUGGGAACUCUAAAGUCAGCUGUUCCCACCCUUAAAGGCUGUGCCAGCCCAUCCGAGCAGCCCUGGUGGCUGCCUGUGCUCAGCUACAUAGAAACAGAAUCCUGAGUCUCUAGGAUUCUGUCAUUAGAGUCACAGCAAAGGUUCUUCUCUAUCCUCUCCUCCCUCCCCCUGUUGCUGCUCCUUGGUUAUAGAACAUGGUAAAUAUUUAUUACUUUCAGAGAAAUCAGAUAUUUUAUAGAGAAAGUAUGUUUGAGGUUAGAUGUUUUCACUUGGGGAAGGUGGAGGGCCUCUUCCUGGGGCAGCACCUCCUCCCAUGGAGGUUCCUCAGAUUCGGGGUUGCUGCUCUGAGGAUCUUCCUUCCCGUGUAUAUAUAUAAGGUGGGAUCCAAGAAUGGGGCUGGCUGAGGGCAACAGAACCUCCUAGAAUCGCUGCAUUUGAACUGACAACGGGCUCUACCUUGGACACGUCCAUAUUCCUGACGAGAGCCUGGAAUCUCUCUCCCAAGUGACUGAUGCUGUUCUGGCAGCCCAGGAAGUCUUGGGUGUGAAAUGUGAUGACUCCUCAGAGUUGUGCCACGUGCCGUGCUCAAGGGGCAUUGUGUGUGUCCCGCUGUGGCCCCGGGGAAGGCCAGACAGGCCCCUCUUGGGACACUUGUUCCUGUUUCUCAGAGCUGGGUAAUGGGCCUUUCCUCCUGCCUGGGCCUGGCCACCACCUUUCUUUAACCCCCCCUGAGGUUUACUGAUUGGAUUGGUUUCUUGUUGAGAAACCACAGCUGGGCAUACAAUUGACUUAACCCUUCAGGAAUUGUUACUUGCAAGUCAAGGGCCUAGCGUCACCCACUGACCAUCUGUUCCUUGCAGCCUAACUGGUAGUCGCAGCCAAGGAAAACAAGGCCCACCCCACUCCUCCCGGCCCACCUGGGGUCUUCACUGGCAGCAGCUGUUCUGCAGCAGAGCAGGUGGCCCUCAGUUGCUUGUUAGUAAAUGCAUAUGACAUUGUCCCCACCUGUGAGGCUGAUCUCUGAGGGCUGGGGUCAGCUGUGAUGCUGUCUCAGUCGGGCUGAGCCCUACCUCUGCACAUUCUGCUGCUGCAAAGAAGUGUUCCCAGGGGUGGUGUCCAACUGACCCUCCUGUCUUUGGGCCAGAGCACACCAUGGCCUGCUAAACCAAUCCAGGUUUACCCCCAAGGCCCCAGCACUGAAGGUCCUGGUAAGUUACUGAUUACCCCCACCCCUACCUCACCCCAAUAUCUCAGCCACUGCCCUCCUUCCAAGGCCAAAUGUGAAGAGGCCUGUUAGCCAUUUUCCUCUUUGAUUCCUUAUUGUUGGCCUCUGCAGGCAGCAGCCUUUCUUCAGGACCCCAUCAGUGAGAGGCCAGGGAGGCUGAGCCCUGACUUUUGAGCUGAGCCUGGGAGGAGCAGAACAACUGUCAAGGCCGGCCCUUGCCCCUCAGCCCUGUACAAUGAAAGGUAUGAGCCCUAGACUGACCCCCGCAGCACCCCCGGGGUAGGGCUGGGACCAUCACCUGUCUCCAGGUGGGAGAGCCCCUCCCCCUCCUCCAGCCUACUUUAUUUGGAAAUAUGGAGCUAUACUUUACAAUGUAUUCAAGAGAUUUUCAAUAAAUUUUUUUUUCUGUACUUUACAA